UGAUAAUCAUCAGCCAUGGCUGUAGAAGGUGGAAUGAAAUGUAUCAAGUUUCUUCUUUUUAUUUUUAACUUCAUCUUCUGGCUCUGUGGAUUUGCAUUGAUUGUGGUGGGAGUCAUGGUCCAGGUGUCUCUGCACAAAACAUUCUUGAUUCAAGACGCGACUGCCUCAGCAGCUCCCAUUGUCAUCAUCGCAGUUGGCGUCUUGAUUUUCUUCGUGGCGUUCUUCGGCUGCUGUGGAGCCUGGAAAGAGAACCAUUGCAUGGUCACCACGUUUGCAGUCCUGCUCUCCUUGAUUAUCCUUGCUGAGGUUGUAGCAGUAAUCCUCGGAUACGUCUUCAGAAACAAAAUCUCAAAGGUGGUCCAGGAUAGCCUCACCGAUAUGAUCAAUAACUACCAGAACAGCUCCAAAGAGUUCCAAGAUGCUGUGGAUCAAAUGCAGGAGAACUGGAAGUGCUGCGGCGUGAACAGCUCUUCUGACUGGAGGCACUUCAACCCCGAUGGUAAGACGGUACCAGACUCAUGCUGCAUGAACGUCACGAAAAACUGUGGAAAAGAGGCCAUGACAGAUGCCAGCAAAGUGUACCAGAAGUGGAUCUUGGCUGGAGGAGGUUUUUGA